GCGACGUCUGGUGGCCACGUGAUUUAUAAGCCCCGCCCCACUUGUUCCUCGUUUACGUCACUCCAUUUCACUCCCAGCGUCCUCCGCUGCAGCCCUCAUCUUGAAGUUCAGAGCAAGAUGGCGGAUAAACCAGUGGCCCUGGCCCAGAAGAAGCUCAUGGACGUCAAGCUCGGACAGCUGCCAUCGUGGCUGGGAACAAGAGACUUCACCCCAAAUGGACUUCUUGGUAGUGUUCGUGGAGGAUACGAGAGAUACUACAACAAAUACAUCAAUGUGAGGAAAGGUGGCAUUGGUGGAGUUGCCAUGUUCCUUGCUGGUUACAUUGCCCUGAGCUACCUCUGGGAAUACGAUCACAUCAAGCACGACCGGUGGAGGAAGUACCACUGAAAGCCACUGGACCACUCAAACCUUGGCAGUGUGAUCAUCACACCUCUCAGCUUUCUCUGUAUGUGACUGUUGUGACCAAGAAUAAAAUUACAGUUAUUUA